AGCUGGGUGAUGAACACGAGGCGCCCUCCCGGAUAAAUCUCGAAGCAUGGCAAGAAUGCUCCUCUCAGAAGAAGCAGGUGCAUUCCGCCAAGUGAAGGCGCAGGACGCAGAACGGCAGCGACGCACAGCCGCCUCUGGACCGUAAUCACCUGCUCCAAAGGAAAACACCCCAUUCUAAGACACUGUGGCUCUUAACCUGCGUAUCAUCGUCAUAAUAACUAGAUUUUCUCUCAACUUAAAUCUCGUCUGCUAACCAGGAGGAUGAGAGUGCCGUGACACAGCGGGACGCAUUUGGAAAAUUCUGUACUGACAGGACGAAAAAGUCAAGGAUUGUUCUGUUGGCUUUUUUUGUUUUUAUUUUGCAGCUCACUCUUAUUAAGGACAAAAUUAUCUGCAAGGAUGGCCGGGGCACUCUUCUCAGUGGACUCAGUCUACAUAGGAAUGGAGGUGGUAAUUGCUGUGGCGUCUGUAAUCGGGAAUGUGAUGGUGGUCUGGGCGGUGAAGAUUAAUAAAUCGUUGCGAGAUACCACGUUUUGUUUUAUUGUCUCCCUGGCUCUGGCGGAUAUUGCAGUGGGAGCACUCGUCAUUCCUUUGGCCAUUACUAUCAACAUCGGACUCCAAACUCACUUUUACAGCUGCCUGCUUGUGGCGUGCACGGUGCUGGUCCUGACGCAAAGUUCGAUCCUGGCCCUCUUGGCUAUUGCAAUUGACCGCUAUCUCAGGGUCAAAAUCCCGACCAGGUAUAAGCGGGUGGUGACCCCUCGGCGAGCGGCACUGGCAGUCGUGAUAUGUUGGACGGUAGCGUUUAUUGUGGGACUCACACCCAUGUUAGGCUGGAACAACCUGAAGCGCUGCCAGGAGAACGGCUCCAUCAGCUCCGACCUCAUUAUCACGUGCAAGUUUGAAAAUGUCAUCAGCAUGGACUACAUGGUCUAUUUUAACUUUUUCGGCUGGGUGCUCCCACCUCUGCUGCUCAUGCUGUUCAUCUACGCAGAAAUCUUCUACAUGAUCCACAAGCAGCUUAACAAUAAGAAACUGAACACCAGUCACGCAGACCCCAACAGGUACUAUGACAAAGAGCUGAAUCUUGCUAAAUCCCUUGCUCUUGUCCUCUUUCUCUUUGCCGUGAGUUGGCUUCCCCUCCACAUCAUCAACUGCAUCACACUCUUUUGUCCUGAGCGUAACAAGCCCAAAGUCGUCCUCUACAUUGCCAUCCUGCUCACCCACGGCAACUCUGCGGUCAACCCAAUUGUCUACGCUUUCCGCAUUAAGAAGUUCCGCUCAGCCUUCCAGAAAAUUUGGCAGCAGUACUUCUGCUGCAAGGACACGUCGGCUCUGGAGACCCAGGCUAGUGACAGGAAAGAGAUGCCAACGUUAGACCUACAGCAUGCAACACCGCCUCUUUCUCCACAGACAGACAUCCCUAAACCUCAGCCUCUGUCUGAGCAAAACCAGAAGGCCGAAUCACCUCAAAAACAUAAAGGACAAUCAUCCUUACUGGGGCAGAAUGCAGCCUAAGCAAAGGAUAGAGCUGAUGCCUGGAGAAGUAAUGAUCAAUGGGCAAAGCAUAUGCUCUCUCCUUGUCUAAUGUGUAACAUGC